CCUCCCAGUAGUCGGAGUAGUCCCAGUGCGCCGGAGGACGACGACGAGUCGCGAUCAUCCGGCCGUCCCGAUCGCCGAUCGGUCGUACACGCUCCUUCGGACCUUAAGGCAUUAAUUGGCGGCGAGCCACGAAUGUGAGGUACCGCGGACCGAACGUAGGAUAUUUCCUCCCCAAUACACAGUGUGUGCCGUUUGUGACAGAUAUACGGUUGCGCGCCUGUAAAAUUAUAUACGUUGUGUUGUACAUACAUAUAUACCUAUAUACACGCGAGAUCCAGGGAACGAGAUCAAGAUGCCGCUCUUCGGGAAGAAGGACACGAAUAAAAAGAUCAAGAAGGAUGGGAAGGACGACCGAUCGCCCUCCGUCGAGGAUAAGUACAUCCUAAAGGACCUGCUGGGAACAGGAGCAUUUUCUGAAGUGAGACUGGCGGAAAGCAAAGAGAAGCCGGGUCAAAUGUUUGCCGUAAAGAUCAUCGAUAAAAAGGCGCUAAAGGGCAAGGAAGAUUCGUUAGAGAAUGAAAUCAAAGUUCUGCGAAGGUUCAGUGAAAGUGCGACACCACAGAGUGGUGGCGGAUCGCUCAAGUCGGAUAGUAGUGGCGAAAAGAGAUGGCUAACCCACCCCAAUAUCGUUCAAUUGUUGGAGACGUUCGAGGACAAGCACAAAGUCUACUUAGUUAUGGAGUUGGUCACUGGUGGUGAACUAUUCGAUAGAAUUGUCGAGAAGGGCUCGUACACAGAAAAGGACGCAUCUGGUUUAAUAAGACAAGUGCUCGAGGCGGUAGAUUAUAUGCACGAACAGGGUGUUGUUCACAGAGAUCUCAAACCGGAGAAUCUCUUAUAUUAUAGUCCGGAUGAGGACAGUAAGAUUAUGAUCAGCGAUUUCGGCCUAUCGAAGAUGGAAGAUUCUGGGAUUAUGGCGACUGCUUGCGGUACGCCAGGAUAUGUCGCACCCGAGGUUCUAGCACAGAAACCAUAUGGCAAAGCAGUGGAUGUGUGGAGUAUAGGAGUUAUUUCGUACAUUCUCCUGUGUGGAUAUCCUCCGUUUUACGACGAGAAUGACGCCAAUUUGUUCGCACAAAUUCUGAAAGGUGAAUUUGAAUUUGAUUCGCCAUAUUGGGAUGAUAUCAGUGCUUCUGCAAAAGAUUUCAUUGGAAAGCUGAUGUGCGUCAAUGUUGAAGAACGUUACACUUGCAAACAGGCUCUUGCGCAUCCCUGGAUUUCCGGCAACGCCGCUAGCAAUAAAAAUAUUCAUGGUACUGUAUCCGAACAACUUAAAAAGAACUUUGCCAAAUCAAGAUGGAAGCAAGCAUACCAUGCAGCCACGGUUAUACGUCAGAUGCAACGGUUGGCGCUAAACAGUGGCCAGCAACAACAGCAACAGGAGAGUACAGGCUCGAUCGGCCCCUCCAGCGGCAACCCCAUGCAAUAUCGAGAGCAAUCGCAGGUUAGCUACAACCAGCACACGGGGCCGUCGCCGCCGCCCUCGAGCAAUCUCAGCAAUUGAAGCAAACGCGAGUCGUUGCUCACCAUGUCAAGCCUGAUGUUUAUGAAUCUCACUUCUCACUCCAUUCCAGUCACUCCCGCCGACUACUCGUCUCCGCUAUACGUGUGCAACAAACGCUUUAAGCUGUGGGGCAACACAUGCACUGUCCUCUCUGUCCGCUCUCUUUUAAGACAACUUGUGUCGCAACUUAGGAAGCAACGGAAGCAUAAGAAGAGCUGAGCUUUAGGCACCGUUAGAAUCACGCGCACAAUAAGAAGGACAAUGUAUGUACGCGACGUAGCUGUCGCUUUCAAGCUACGGGAGCGACGGGGAUAGAUUAGAGCCAAUUUGCUUCGCGCCAGUGACGCGUACAUAUACACAUAUACAUG